AUGUACCCAAAUACAAUCCCGAACGACCACGUUCAUUCCCUCACCACCGAAGGAUUUAUAGCUCAAAGACCGACCAAAAUGCUAAUUGACACAGGAGCCUCCUUAACAUUAAUCAAUUCACGUUUAUUCUACGAACUGCCAAAUUAUAUUCGCGCUUCAGCUCGACAUCUGUCAACUAAAUUCCAAGUACAUCUCGCGGACAAAUCCAGCUUGCAUGUGCAAAAAUCCCUCUUAAUCCCAAUUACAGUCGCUAAUCGCACAUUGAAGCACGUAGUAUAUUUAGUACCUCAAUUGUGGCGACCUUGUAUUAUCGGAAAUG